GCGCGCGCUCCUCCACACUCUGGGAAAAGCAGUCGAGCUGUCCGCCGGAUGCUGUGCCAGUCUCCGCUUCACCUGCUUCUGACGCUGUAGUCUCGGGUAUCCAGAUUCUUUUUUUUAUUUUAUUUUAUCGGGGGCGGGGGGCAGCGUACAUGAAUUAACCUCUGAAAAAGAAUCCCCCCCCCAACACACACACACACAGCCGUUAGUAAAAGAUGAUUUCGCCGUGGGACCGGUGGUACUCGACGAGCUGCUGCCUCUGCUGCCAUGUACGGACGGGCACCAUUAUUCUGGGAAUAUGGUACAUGAUCAUCAACGCCGUGGUCCUGCUCAUCUUGCUGUCGGCUCUCUACGAUCCCGUUCAGUACCGCUACCACCUCACCAGCUCCGAGCUGGGGACCGACAUUGAUGUCAUGGAUGAUGCAAAUAUCUGCAUUGCAACUGCAAUAUCCCUUCUCAUGAUUCUUAUAUGUGGCAUGGCAACAUAUGGCGCUUACAAGCAACACGCUGCUUGGAUCAUUCCAUUCUUCUGCUACCAGAUCUUCGACUUUGCCCUCAACACACUGGUGGCCAUUAGCGUGGUGGUUUACCCCAACACGGUGCAAGACUACCUUCAGCAGCUGCCAGGGACAUUCCCUUACAAGGAGGACAUCAUGUCCACAAACAAUAUGUGCCUAGUCUUCGCAGUCCUGCUCUUCAUCGGCUGCAUCCUCUCCUUCAAGGCCUACCUGAUCGGCUGCGUGUGGAACUGCUACAGAUAUGUGAGCGGCAGAGGCACCACGGAGGUCCUGGUUUAUGUCACCACAAACGACACCACGGUCCUGCUGCCGCCAUACGAGGAAGCGGUCGCCAUCUCAGCGAAGGACCCUCCCCCCCAGUACCUGGAGGCAUGAGAGACGGCCCUGCCGCUCAGUUACACCCCCCCGACACCUUCCAUUUCUACUUCUCAGCAGUAGGAGCCCAACUCAGGCCAAACCCGUGUUUUUUAGAUGCCGGUCUCAGCCUUAGAUAAAGCUGACACCCCCACCACCACUUCCCUCCUGCUGCGCGUCUUCUCCUCCAAGGACAGUGUGCCCAUCCCCAGCAGCGCCCCCUGCAGGCGGCUGCUCUGCGCUGCAGGCGCCUGAACUCUCGCCCCGACCCGACUUAAUGUGAAACUCCUGUUUGUUUUGUUGCUUUAGUAAAAAAAGCCGCACCCGUCCGGCCGCCAACUGUUAAGCCCCGAUACUGUGAAUUAACCCUGGUGUCCUUGAAUAGAGACGGACUACACGACGGUGGACGAAGCAAAGACGAGUGCGAAAGAAAAAGCAGCAAAUGUUAUCGAGUGAAAUAGCACUUUUUAAACAAAAAAAAAAGAAAAGAUUAACACAUUUUCUUCUAUGAAUGUAACGUGGAGGUAUUUUUCUAUGACUUUUUCUAUUACGGUAAAAACCGACCGGGGGGGAAACGGGACAAGUGUGAGCUGCCGUCUGUGAUGUAGGAAUAUUAACAUGCGUCUCUCAUCCUGUGGGAAGGUAUGCAGGGAAAAAAA